AUGAAUAUUUGUCGGUAUUUGUCACGCUUGCCGGAAGGUUAGAUCUCGAUGAUCAAAUCGAGCCAAACCUCAUAAACACGCGAUACGAGCGGGGCGUUAGCGGCUCCAUAGGAUUUUCAUCUUUUUACAUAGAAUGGAGGAGAUCGACAAUAUAAUAAUUCACUCGUUGCGACAAAUAGGCUGUGACAUUGAGGAGAGCGUAACAAACCUAAGUGGCUUUAAUACUGAAUUAGUUGUCGAAGCAACAGUGAGAUGUUUAGAAGCGAUAAGGCCAGGUUUAGGAUUGUCUACCGUACUACCUGUAAAUAUGGCAGCACGUUUUCGACUGGGUGCUACUCUUGCACAAACAUGCACGGAACUUGGAUACAGAGGUGACAUUGGUUAUCAAACAUUCCUAUAUAACUCGGAAGCAGAUUUACGAAGGGUAUUUAUGUUUCUCAUUGAAAAACUGCCAAAAGAAAGUGAGAAAACUGUAAACGAAUCCAUCAGUAAAGUUGCUUUAUUAGAAAAAUCAGUAGCAUCUGCAAUAUCACAAGGACUUUCGAUACCUUGGUUACCAUAUUAUUGUCAUAAAAAGGGAGUCAGGAACAGAGGAAGAGCGAGUAUCCCUUAUGUAUCUGUAAAUAUCGAGGUACCGGUUCCAAAUAUGGGAGAUGAUUACAAAGACUAUUACAUGCGCUAUUUACAACCAGUGCCUGAUCAAAUGCAAAAUAUUUCAUGCUUUUUACCUUCUAUGAUAUCGUAUAAUGCAAAAGCACUUAAUGCUUCUUCGAUGGAUAUUAUGGAGCGCAUAAGUUGGUUGAAUAACCAACAAUCUGAAAAAAUUGCUCAUUCUAGUGCACAUAAUAUUGUCAAUGAGCUUAGCAAGUUCUCAUUAGAGAACAAGACACAAACUUCAGCAAAUUCUCAAGUAGAACCAGAAUUUGCAACACAUUCAGUGCUUCCAGAUCAGGAAACAUUAAAAAACAAAGCAAAACAGGAAGUUGAAAUAGAAAAUAUGAAAGCAGAGUGUGAAACUCUUAAAGUAAAUAUAGAAGAAAUACAAAGCGAAAUCAAAAAACUAACUACUAAAUUAGCACACGCGACGAUCACUGGCCAGAAUGAAGAAAAGGAAUUAAAAAUUAAUGAAGAACAAAAGAAAGUUAAAGCAAGAGCAUACGAAUUGCUUCAAGAUGGACCAGAGAACAUAAAGAAAUUGGAAUGUGCGAUUGAGAUUAGCACAAACAAAUUGAUUAAUUUAGCAAAUCAAUGGGAGAAGCACAGAGUACCCUUAAUUAUGAAGUAUAGACAAGAAAGGGAAAAGCAUUCCACAAAAGCUAACGCGAGCCAAAAGAAGUUAGAUGAGAUAAAAUUAUUGAAAGAAAAAGAGAAAGAACUUCAAGAGGAAUGUCGAAAUAAGGACCAACAGCAUUCACAGUUGGUUGCGGAAGUUCAAAAACUUCCAAAAGAAGUAAAUAGAUCUGCAUAUACUCAACGAAUCUUGGAAAUAAUAAAUAAUGUUAGGAAACAGAGAGACGAAAUAAAUAAAGUUUUGGCAGACACUCGUGAGAUUCAGAAGGAAAUCAAUACCCUUACUGGCAGAUUAGAGAGAUCUUUCACCGUUGUGGAUGAACUGAUAUUCCGAGAUGCGAGAACGAACGAAGCUUCGAGAAAAGCGUACAAACUAUUAGCGACGUUACAUUCGGAUUGCAACGAACUCGUAAGUUUAGUCGAGGAAACAGGCGCAACAAUACGAGAGAUUAGGGAUUUAGAAGAACAGAUCGAUUCCGAAUCCGCUAAGAAUGUCGGCGCUAAUUUGGAAAGAAUAACUGCCGAUUUGAAACAGAUGAAACAAGAAACCGCUGCAUUAACGGCACAAUUACAAAAUAAAGCCUCGUGAUUGUUAUGUAUAGUGUGGUUGCAUUUUACAUGUUGUAAUAUUCAGGACCAGAUAAAAAUAUAUUCAAUGCAGAAUAUAAAUGAAUAUGAUCAAAUGCAUCGAAGACCAAACAUUUUUUAGCCGUACGGCUGGCAAGAUAUAUCGCGAUAUUGCCUGCAAAAAUCUUUGCGAAUCUACUAAGUUGGCUGCUGAAAAACGUGCCUUGGCCUGGAAGUCAGGCGCUAGGCUUUUAUAGCCUCGGGCCAAGUGUAUAAUAAUAACACAUUAACAUCUCAAUGCUCAAAGGAACAUCAUUUGUUACAAAGCCUAAUAAUUUUUUAGCAUCGAGUUCAACUUUCAUAUUUCACGCAGCUUGAAAAAGAUCUGAUUACAGCUGUAAAUAAAACAAAUGCUGAAACACAUCACUUUUAAGUAAAGAACAUGUACAAAAUAUAAGAUGUGUA